UAUUUCAGACUUUUACUCUCACUCUAGACUGCAUCACAUCUCAACAUGGAAAUGUGAAUUCACAGAGUUUGUACGUGAGCUACAGAGUCAGUGUAAUGGCAACUUUCCAGGUCAGGAGAGGUUAAAAAAAUGACAGGAUCCGUGCCUGCUUCAACCCAUUCCAAGUGCCAGAACUGCAUAAUACAUGUGGACAUGGAUUGCUUCUUUGUAUCUGUUGGUGUACGUAACCGACCAGAUCUAAAAGGUAAACCUGUGGCUGUCACAAGCAAUAGGGGUAGUGGGAAAUCGUCUUACCGUGAAGGAGCCAACCCUCAACUAGAGUUACAGUACUAUCAAAAUAAAUCGAGAGACAAAACAGAUUCUGCAGUGGACAGUCUGAAUUCUACACAAAGAAAUGGACACGACAUGGAUAUCUCUGUAUGGGACCAUCCAGAUCUUGCACAGAAAAAUGGGCUAGAUACGGAUACCUCGCACCUGUCCUUUGCAGAAAUUGCAUCCUGUAGUUACGAGGCAAGGCAGGCUGGUGUGAGGAAUGGAAUGAUGUUUGGUAAAGCAAAGCAACUAUGCCCUGAUCUUCAAGUAGUCCCCUAUGAUUUUGAGGCUUAUAAGGAAGUAGCCAUGACUUUGUAUAAAACCUUGGCAAAUUAUACUCAUGACAUUGAAGCAGUAAGCUGUGAUGAAGCCCUGGUAGAUAUUACAGAAGUCCUUGCCGGGACCAAACUUUCUCCAGAUGAAGUUGCUAGUGCUAUUCGAGCUGAAGUUAAAGAGAAGACUUUGUGUACCGCAUCUGUUGGAAUGGCCUCCAAUAUUCUUUUGGCUAGAAUGGCAACCAGAAGAGCGAAGCCAGAUGGACAAUAUCACUUAAAGCCUGAGCAGGUUGAUGAUUUUAUUAGGGGUCAGCUAGUUAGUACAUUACCAGGAGUUGGCAGAUCUAUGGAGUAUAAAUUGUCAUCUUUAAAUGUAAAAACCUGUGGAGAUCUUCAAAAUCUUACAAUGUCAAAACUUCAGAAAGAGUUUGGGCCAAAAACUGGCCAGAUGUUGUACAGAUUCUGCAGAGGAUUAGAUGAUCGGCCUAUUAGAAAAGAGAAAGAGAGAAAAUCCGUAUCUGCUGAAAUAAACUAUGGCAUCCGGUUUACUAAGACCAGUGAAGCGGAAGCCUUUUUGAUGAACCUUGCAGAAGAAAUUCAGCGAAGGCUAGAAUCAGCUAAAAUGAAAGGCAGGAAACUUACGCUGAAGGUUAUGGUGCGAAAAGCCGGGGCCCCCAUAGAACCUGCAAAAUAUGGCGGUCAUGGAAUAUGUGACAACAUUGCAAGGUCAGUGACUCUGGACCAAGCCACAGAUAGUGCCAAGUUUAUUGGCAAAGAAACCGUGAAAAUGUUUCAGUCAAUGAAGCUAAAUGUAGCAGACAUGAGAGGGGUUGGACUUCAGAUGCACCAGUUGGUUCACACAAAUGUAUCUAAUGGAGGUUCCUUCUCAUCAAGAUCCGGUCUGUUGUCUGGAGCAUCCCGUUCACUAAUCAAUAUGUUUCAGGAAAAGAGGAAAAUUAAGCCAGUCAUGGAAGAAGAUGGCAAAAGAGUCAUUGUUGCUGCUUUUGAUGUUGAAAUUUCAUCUGCCUCAGACACGUGUGUUUCAGUCUUAUCUAGCCACAAGAAUCUUACUUCUAGUCAGGAUCCAAGCACUAGCAAAGCAGAAUCUACUGGCCGGAAAAAUGGCUUCCAUUCCCCAAUCAAUGUGAAAUCAAGAGUAAAUUUUACAAUUGAAGUCCCAUCCCCUUCACAAGUCGACCCAUCGGUCUUAGAAGCACUACCCCCUGAUAUCAGGGAACAAGUGGAGCAGACGUUUGCCCUUCAGCACAAAUUGCCCCUUAGUGAAGGCAAAAAAGAAAAUGGUUGUAGUACAAUUGGUUUACAAGAACAGCCGGUGGCAACUGUCCUUCUACAGAUCCCAUCACUUUUUGAUCAAGCAGAAGAAUCUGGAAUUAAUGUCAUUGCUCUUCCAGCUUUUUCACAGGUGGAUCCAGAAGUGUUUGCAGCCUUGCCUGUUGAACUCCAGGAGGAGUUACGAGCUGCAUAUGGUCAGAGAAAUAAACAUUCUGAGAGCAACAUGGUUCCCAAAAAUGCUUUGCUCCAGCUCAAAAAACCACCACUGAAAGUAAAGAAAAGGAGUCGAAAGAAGAUUCAAGUCAGCCCUACAAAAAAGAUGCAAAGUCCUUUAAAAAACAAACUUUUUAGCAGCCCUGCUAAAAGUUUUUCAGCAAAUGGGAGUCCUCAAAAAAUGAGAGAUGCCCUUCUCAAACAAGAAGCCAUACCUCAAGUGCAGUCUCAGGUUGAAAUAGGUCCUUCGACAUCAAAUGCUCAAGGCUCCAUGCCUGAAGGAUGCAGUUCUUACAGAUCAAAAGCGCCUAAUCUGGCCGGUGCUAUUGAAUAUAAUGAUGUGAAAACAUUGCUGAGGGAGUGGAUAACUACAAUUUCUGAUCCUAUGGAAGAAGAUAUAUUGCAAGUAGUGAAGUACUGCACUGAUCUAAUUGAAGAAAAAGAUUUGGAAAAAUUAGAUCUGGUUAUAAAAUACAUGAAAAGGUUAAUGCAACAAUCUGUGGAAUCCGUGUGGAACAUGGCAUUUGACUUCAUUCUGGACAAUGUUCAGGUUGUUUUACAGCAGACUUAUGGAAGCACGCUGAAAGUGUAAAAUGCAAUGAGAAGCACAACAUCCCAACUAUCUGGGAUCUUGUGGAGCAUUUGCAUGAUUUUAAAGCUUAAAAAUCAUUUUAAAUUUCUUUUAAUAAAUAAUUUUGUACAUUUUCUUCAUAAAGUGCCAAAUUUGUCAGUAUUGCAUGUAAAUAUGUGUUUCAGAUUCCUUUAUUGUAGUAUAGGCUAUUUACAAAUCGUUUGUUUAUAAGAGUUUUAUGGAUUUUUACAGUGAAGUGUUCACACAUGUUUAAUAAAUAAAAGUGC